CUCAGGCCGCCUGAUCGCGUACAUGCACGCACGGACCACUGAAACCAUCAACGACGAUACCCAUCUUCCGCCUCGCUCCUCGCACCCGACCCCACCUGGUCACAAAACCCGGACACCUUAGAUGUAUUGUGCAGCCUGGCCCCAAUUGACCCCCUCCUUUCAUCAUGGCCGGACGGAGACGACCGCUGCCUCACAAGUUAGCCUCGUAUUUCAAUCCACGGCCAUUUCACAACCAUCACAUAUGUGCCCGCUCCUGCCAGCACAGAUGUUGCGCCAUCCCCUGUGGACUCGGCGCAAACCAACGCGACGACUUGCGGGCAAAGGCGAUCCGGACUGAUGAGGGGAACGCACAUCGUAGAGAGAGACACGAUCUCGCUUUUUGUCUUGUUUUCUUCGCCUUUCCAUGCGCCUGUAAUUUUACAGCUAUAGUCGGCCCACUGUGUAGCCCAAGUGUAAAUACCACUCCGUGCACCAUUGCAACAAGAGCUCAUAUUCUCAUCAUCCCCUCAUCUAUCUCAUACCUUCCUUCUCACUGUUCGUGCCUGCUCCUGUAUUUGCUCGCUACUACCUUCUAUAUUAUGCUGGUCUACACACUUUGACCUCCUUUGCCGCAUCGGCACUCGGCCAGCCACUCCAUUCCCUAUUAUCUGCUGCGACGCUGCCAGCUGAC